UGGCUGGCAGAGGUUGCAAUUGCAUUUUUUGUUUAGAACUCUUAGGACCCAAAAAUAUUUAAAUAUUCAGCGUCCACAGGUCUUGGGUAUUGUUAAUUGUAAUACAAAAAUACGUAACGUGUUUGCAAAUAAAUAUAUUUUAUUAUAACAAUGAGUUUAGUAGCAAACACCGGGAAGUUAGCAGGGCGAACCCUGUUUAUAACAGGUGCUUCCCGUGGCAUCGGCAAGGCGAUUGCUCUGAAAGCGGCUAAGGAUGGUGCUAACGUCGUUAUUGCUGCGAAAACAGGGGAGCCACAUCCUAAACUGCCAGGCACUAUUUACACAACAGCCGAAGAAGUGGAAGCCUUAGGAGGCAAAGCAUUGCCAUGUAUAGUUGAUGUGAGAGAUGAGAAGCAGAUACAAACUGCUAUUGAUGAGGCUGUUAAAAAGUUCAACGGGAUCGACAUUCUCGUGAACAAUGCUUCAGCGAUCUCACUGACUGGCACCGCUCAGACGGACAUGAAGAGAUACGACCUCAUGCAUAACAUCAACACAAGAGGCACUUUCUUAGCGUCUAAGCUCUGUCUGCCACACCUGAAGAACAGCAACCAUGCGCACAUACUGAACCUGUCUCCUCCGCUCAAUAUGAACCCCUAUUGGUUCUCGGUGCACGUGGCGUACACGAUGGCGAAAUACGGCAUGUCCAUGUGCGUGCUCGGCAUGAGCGAGGAGUUCAAGCCGCUCAACAUCGGCGUCAACGCGCUCUGGCCCAGGACUGCGAUCGCGACGGCGGCGAUCGAGAUGUUGACGGGCGACACGUCGACGAGCCGCAAGCCCGACAUCGUGUCCGACGCCGCGUACGUCAUGCUGUGCAAGGACCCGAAGAGCUACACGGGCAACUUCGCUAUAGACGACGACGUGGUCACCGCCGCCGGGGUCAAAGACCUCACGCCAUACGCCUGUGACCCCAAGAAAGCCGACAAACUCCUACUGGACGGGUUCUUGGACGAGGCUACGCGAGGCGGCGCCAAAAACGUGUCCACACAACACGCGCGCGGCUACCACACCUCCGCCGUGCUCAGGUCCGAGCAAAAGUCUGAAUCAGCCGGGCAAAUCCCCACGUUGUUCGAGCUGAUCGGCAAAACCAUCACACCGGAGCUAGUCAAGAAAACGCAAGCCAUCUACCAGUUCAAUGUUAAAGGCAAGGAGGAGGGAGUAUGGCACCUAGACCUGAAAAACGGCGACGGUAUGUGCGGCCAGGGCGAACCCAAGCACCCGGCCGACGCCAUACUCACAAUGGACAGCAACAACUUCGCUGAUAUGUUUGCUGGUAAGUUGAAACCAGCAACCGCAUUCAUGAUGGGCAAACUCAAGAUCAAAGGUGACCUGCAGAAAGCUAUGAAGUUGGAGAAGAUGAUGGCAUCCCUAAAGAAAAGGGCCUAAAUUAUAUUAUAUUAGUUGAACAAGUGACAAUAACACUAGCAACUACUGUUACAGAGAUUUAGAACUUGACUGAACCAAUGAAUGCAAAAAGAUUUUAUAUACAGAUUCUAUUUUGUAAAUGAGUUGUAAAAUAGAGUUGUGAGAUUGUUUUUAUUAUCAAAUUUAUUGUUGAAAGUACAUUUUUUAAAGAUUUAUAUUUUUAAUCUCAAGGCAGCUUAUGUCUUAUGUAAGUUUGCAAUGCUUUGUCGAGUGCUCACAAAUGUUUUACGUUAUUGAUUUAUGUUGUUGGUAGUUUUUAUCCUUCAUUUUGGAUACAGUAAGUCCACAUACUAAUAUGAAAUAUCUAUGCAGCAAAUAAUUAUUCGAGGUAUGCCCUUUUUCUGACAUGUGGAGUCAAGCGGACUUUGUAAAGUUAUUUGCCAUGUAUAAUAUAUUUUUAUAAAGGUUCUAUGGGCGACGGCAGAAAAAAAAUUCCAAGGGGUGCAGAUUUUAGUUUCCUUCCUUUUUUUUUUGGGCACCCCCCUGCCGUCGCCCAUGAUAGGUUCUUAUAGUUUGACGUAACCAGUAAACUAAAUGCUUUAAUAAUAAUCUAUGCUCAUUCUUAUAAUUCUUUUACGAAAAUUGGAAAUAAUAAUUAUGUACGUACACUAUACCAGAAAUGCCUGGUUUUUGUGUAUGUGUAUCAUAAGUAAGAAAAGAAAUGUAGCGCAAUAUAGGUUCCUUAAAAGACUGUCUUGUAAGGUGCAAAAAUUGUAUUUUUAUACAGAAUUAUAAAAAAAUGGUGUAAUUAUUUGAAAAUAUACAGUAUUUAUAAGGUAUAUGCACAGAUAUACAAAAAUAUUAUGAUAAAAAUAAAGAAAUGUAUAAUUGUA